CACAGCCGUGCGACAUGGAUAUGCAGCGUCCCUUCAAGUUAGCAAUCCGACGCGCGCAGCUUCGAGACCUUGUAGAUGAGACCGUAGGUCAUCUUGAUCAAGGGGGUGAUGCACCGUUCUUUCGCCUUACAACAGCCAUUGGUGUGCUUCGCACCCGUUCAGUUGGCUGGUUCGUCGAUGGCUGGAAUGCUAUCAACAACCCUGGUCUUGUCCAACGUGCGUUCUCUCACUGUGUUGUCCCUGACACAGCCUUCAACCUAUCUUUCGAAUCCCUUACCUCGCGUGCUGCCCGUCGCGCUCUUGUCGAACUCUCGCACACUGAUCCUGCAAUUGCCAAAACAGUGGACGACUCCCCUUUCACCACCUCCGACUCCCAUGAACUCGACGACACGGCCACAGACCCUGCUGAUCUUGUACAUGCCAUUCUCGCAGCCCCAGACGCGGCCACCAGCUUGUCUACUCAUCUCGAUGUUGGCCACCCGGAGGAUUUGAGGUCUGAGAUACCGGAGGCAGACGAGGAGGACCAUGAGGCUGAGAUGGGCCGAGGCAAGCAACGGAGGGUUGUUUCUUCGCGUUUUGACAACUAUGAUGCUCAUUAG